UCACUUCUAGGCUAUCCAUCCAGGAUAUGGUUUUCUUUCAGAAAACAUGGAAUUUGCCGAACUCUGCAAACAAGAAGGAAUUAUUUUUAUAGGUCCUCCUUCAUCUGCAAUUAGAGACAUGGGUAUAAAGAGCACAUCCAAAUCCAUAAUGGCUGCUGCGGGAGUGCCUGUUGUGGAGGGAUAUCAUGGAGAAGACCAGUCGGAUCGGUGUCUGAGGGAGCAUGCGGGGAGAAUAGGUUAUCCUGUCAUGAUUAAAGCCGUCCGUGGUGGAGGAGGAAAAGGAAUGAGGAUCGUUAGAUCUGAAGAAGAAUUUCAAGAGCAGUUAGAAUCAGCACGGAGAGAAGCUAAGAAGUCUUUCAAUGAUGAUGCUAUGCUGAUUGAGAAGUUUGUGGACAUGCCAAGGCACGUAGAAGUCCAGGUUUUUGGUGACUACCAUGGCAAUGCUGUAUACUUGUUUGAAAGAGAUUGUAGUAUACAGAGGAGACAUCAGAAGAUCAUAGAGGAAGCCCCAGGGCCUGGUAUUAACUCUGAUGUAAGAAAAAAGCUUGGAGAAGCUGCAGUCAGAGCUGCUAAAGCUGUAAAUUAUGUUGGAGCAGGAACUGUGGAGUUUAUUAUGGACUCCAAGCACAAUUUCUACUUCAUGGAGAUGAAUACAAGGCUGCAAGUGGAACACCCUGUUACUGAGAUGAUCACAGGAACUGACUUGGUGGAGUGGCAACUUAGGAUUGCAGCAGGAGAGAAGAUUCCUUUGAGCCAAGAAGAAAUAACCCUGCAGGGCCAUGCCUUUGAAGCUAGAAUAUAUGCAGAAGAUCCUGACAAUAACUUCAUGCCUGGAGCUGGGCCUUUAGUGCAUCUCUCCACCCCUCAGGCAGACCUUUGCACCAGGAUUGAAACUGGAGUGCGUCAAGGAGAUGAAGUUUCAGUGCAUUAUGACCCCAUGAUUGCGAAAUUGGUUGUGUGGGCAGCAGAUCGCCAGGCAGCCUUAAUGAAACUGAGGUACAGCCUUCGUCAGUACAACAUUGUCGGACUGCACACCAACAUUGACUUCCUUCUUAGCCUGUCUGGCCACCCAGAGUUUGAGGCUGGGAACGUACACACCGAUUUCAUCCCUCAACACCGCAAAGAACUGUGGCCCAGUCGGAAGGCCACAGCCAAAGAGCUUUUAUGUCAGGCAGCUCUGGGUCUCAUCCUCAAGGAGAAAGCUAUGUCUGAUGUUUUCAAAAUUCAGUCACAAGAUCGGUACUCCCCUUUUGCAUCCAGCAGUGGAAGAAGACUGAAUACCUGUUACACCAGAAACAUAACUCUCAGGGAUGGUAAAAAGAAUGUAGCCGUAGCUGUCACAUAUAACCUCGAUGGGUCAUAUAGCAUGCAGAUUCAAGAUAAAACUUUCCAAGUCCUUGGUGAUCUUUGUAAUGAGGGAGACUGCACUUACGUGAAAUGUUCUGUUAAUGGAGUUGCUAGUAAAACUAAGCUAAUUAUCCUGGAAAACACUAUUUACCUAUUUUCCAUGACGGGAAGUACUCAGAUUGACAUUCCAGUCCCCAAAUACUUGUCUUCAAUGAGCUCAGAUGGAACUCAGGAAGGUGCCAUAGCUCCUAUGACGGGUACCAUUGAAAAGGUAUUUGUGAAAGUCGGAGACAAAGUAAAAGCUGGAGAUUCUCUAAUGGUUAUGAUUGCCAUGAAAAUGGAGCUUACCAUAAAGGCCCCAAAGGACGGCACAAUCAAGAAAGUGUUCUACAAAGAAGGUUCUCAGGCCAACAGACAUGCUCCUUUAAUCGAGUUUGAGGAAGAGGAAUCGGACAAAAGAGAAGCAGAAUAAAUGCCAUCAAAGAAAUGUCCAAUUAAGCAGUAUCUUAAAUAUAGUAUCUGUACACCAAAAAGAGAAAGUGCCUUCCUGCUUUUCUCGGAGUCUAAUAAACAUCAGUUUUACUAAAUGAUUGUACAAUUAGGCUAAUAUUUGAGAAUCAUGUACUUGGGUCACAAACACAAUAAAUUAUUUAUUUCAUACUAAUAAA